AUGACAAUAAAGACACAUCCUCAACUGUCACCAAGUAGUGACCUUAUAGAAAAUAUGCAAAUUUGUAUAUUACUAGCAGAUAUUUGCCCAGACGUACCUGAACAAGGUGGAAUGAAAAGAGUAGUGGCUCAUCAAAUACUUCAACUAAAUUCUACUUUAAAGCACAUAUUGAACAUCCAUAAAUCUUGCAAAAAGCUCUUGCCAGAGUCUCUUAUUUUCUUUCAUAGUGUAAGAGACCCUACCAAUGAUGCAGACUACUCAGAUUACCUCACUGAUAAAAAACCAAAACCAAAAACUGAAGGGUCCUGGGCGUCUUUUAAACACAAAUUAAUCGAUCUUUUAAAGUAUAUGUGGAAAUCAAAAUUACAAAUGACUGGUGUUGACAAAAUCUACUGA